UUGGGAAAGAACGGCGAAGUCCAUCCGAACCGUCCAAUGAAGAAUAAGAGGAGAGCAAAGUGCCAAUGGCGCGCGAAGCGCAUGCGGAACGGGCACGAAGAAAAAGAAGUGUGGAGGAGAAGCAGCCAAGCUCAUUCCCUUCGCUUCCUGGGCCCAAAGCAGUGCAGUCUUUCCUGGCCAGAUCAAGGAUUGGGGGCUUCUUGCUACGCUACUUAA